GGCUGCCAACAACUUUGUUUUUCAAAAAGUCUGAUAGCUGUUGUUUUAUCGAGUGUUCAACGUGGAGAGAAACAAGUGACCAGCGUCGUACACAGGAUUAUGGAACCUUUAGCGGAACGAUAUCUGUUUUCAUGGUUGUUUGUGGCUUCAAGUCUUCAGGUGUCGAGUUUACAUUUUGCAGAAGCGACUUACAUAUGUACAGCCUACCUGAACGUAUCGUUUAUUGAUCCUGUAAACAACGAAACCAUAUGGCAAGUGGAAAGCGGAGUAUAUGGGCAAGAUUCUCCUAAAGUAUCGGUGAUUGGGGACGUGUAUGUAGCUGAUCCAGUUUAUAGUUGCAAAAGUGAUACUUUAUAUGACGUGCCCAGUCGGUCAAAGGGGUGGAUCGCCCUAAUUCAACGCGGCCAUGAAUGUACUUUUUCGGAGAAGAUUAAUGUUGCGGCCAGAAAUGGGGCUAUUGCAGCUGUAAUUUUCAACAAUAUUGGUACAAACAACGUAAUCCAAAUGUCGCACCCAGGAACAGGAGAUAUGGUUGCCAUCAUGAUUGGUAACAGACAGGGCAUGGAAAUAGUUGAGCUGAUCAAGCAAGGAAUUCCAGUCUCGAUGGCCAUUGAUGUCGGCCAGCAACAAGGACCUUGGUUGAGCCACUACUCAGUCUUCUUCGUCUCCAUCUCCUUCUUUGUGGUAACAGCAGCGACUGUGGGCUACUUCAUAUUUUACUCAGCGCGCCGCCUCAACAUCGUUCGUCUACAAAACCGCAAACAGAAGCAGCUCAAAGCUGAAGCCAAAAAGGCCAUUGGUCGGCUGCAAGUCCGGAUGGUGAAACAUGGAGAUGAGGAGACUGGGCCUGAUGCUGAUACUUGUGCUGUGUGUAUUGACGCAUACAAGUCUGGCGACGUGUUAACCAUUCUCACCUGCAAUCAUUUUUUCCACAAGACCUGCAUUGAGCCCUGGCUGUUGGAGCACAGGACCUGCCCCAUGUGUAAAUGUGACAUCCUCAAGGCCUUAGGAGUAGAGCCAGAAGAAGGGCCCAGUCCUCAAGUGAUCAUGCUCCCUCCUGAAACGAGGCCCUUCCCCAGGAUCCCAGAAGACGCCCACAGUGAGACGGCUUCCUCAGGCUAUGCUUCUGUACAGAGCACAGAAGACCACAGCAGCCCAACAGACGAGAGCAAUAUGUACGAAUCGUUGGGGAACCAGCCUGAUCCUGGGUCAAUCCAGGUGGACAUCCAGCCCCAUUAUGACAACCUGGGCUUCGAGUGCGACUCGCAAAACCACCGGGAACCCCGGACAUGAACAGCGUGCCUACUUUAAGCAUUGGGGCUUACACCACAAUUACAUUCAAAGGCUUUUUUUUCUGUGGUCAUCGAGCAAAGAAAGCCAGGUCUGUGAUUAUUCAUAGGAAUAGAGGGCUCAACCUACCUAUGCAUACCGUUUUAAGAUUAAGUUGAUGAGGAAAUUGUUCAAUGCACUACCAGUGUCUGAGUUAAAUGGUUCUGUUGAUCCUUGUUUAUGUCCAGCUUCACUGAUUGAAUUUAAUUGGCUUUUUAAUCAGUUGAUUUUUCAAUUUGAUAAAGGUUUCUUAAGAUUUUAGUGAUAAUGCAGGAUUGAGAUGUAUAUUGUUAGUCUACUCACCCAGUCUGCAGAAUCAGAAUCUAACUAAUUGAUUUCAUUUGCAUGUCCCUGCGGGCAACUUGAAGUUUAUUGAAGUUAGCAUUGUUAGCUUAGCACAAAUUCUGGAAUUCUCUCUACCACUUUCUUUAUUGUACCACUGAAACAGUUACUGAUUUUAGAUUUUUAUUAUGCUAAUUUAACACUCACUACUAUCAAUAUGCUUGAGUCUGUUCUGUUCUAUAUGAACCAGUUCUCAUGUCAACAGGGAUUCUACGUGAUUUGCACAGUCAGUUUCAGACCUUUACAUUCCCUAAAUCUACAAUAAGGCAGUAGUCCUUCAGUACAAGGUUUUUUUUUUUUUAACAGGUUUGCUGCUUUGCAUGUUUUCUGAUCCCAUUUGUUACUUGGCAAAUUAUUUUAACAGAACAGUGCUAUUCAAUCUCUGUUGUACCUUUUUGGUAUGUCUUCUAAGCAUUGAUGAUUUUCUUAUGCAAGUCAUAAGCAUAGAAUUUUAGCAUCUCUCAAGCACACUUGGUUUUUCCUGGCUUAGCAGAGGAAUGCAUAAGAUGUGAGGAAAUUCCUUAUUGGAAGUAUAGAUGUGUCUGUACUUGUACGUUUGGGUUGCAACUUGCUUAUUCAUAUUCUAAAAUGAAGGACUGCCUGAAGGACUGCUUGUGACAUUACAAUUUUUUACAAGCUCUUCCCUAUUAGGACCACUAAAAUAUGGAAAUAUUGAGUCCUAAAGGGUAUGGUAGUGAGAGCAUCUCUUUGAAACCCUGGCUUCAUGCAAGGGUUAUUCUAAAAUGUGUUUGAGUAACUACCUGGGCCUUUUGGGUGUGCCUUAAAUUGAGUCACCGGAUUCAAGAGAUAAUUACAUGCUAUCCUACUUUUCAUUAGGGAAAGGCAAAGAUUGCACUGUACAUCUUCAACUGAUUGUGAUUGCACUUUACAUGAAUGAAUUUAUUACGUUGUCAAUACGUGUCAAUGUUUUUCAAUUUUUAUUGGUCUUAAUUAACCUUGUUCAGCCUUUCUAGAGUUUAUUCACAUUAUCGUGUUUUGCAAUAAGGGAAAAAGGGUAUACUUUAUUUACUUUGACUCAGUUAUAUGGGAAAUGUGAUGUAUCUAUUCAUAAUAAAUGAUUUAUGGAUAUUGUAAAUACAUUUUUGUUUGAUCAAAAAUAUUGUGCUAAUUUUGUUAAAUUAAUUAAAUGCAUUUGUUUUGAUC